AUGGUCGCCAAUACUGCAGUUUGGUACUUUGCCUAUGGCUCCAACAUGAGCUUGUCUAAAUUCACUGGCUCCCGUGGGAUCCAUCCAAUCAAGGUUGCCCGUGCAAAACUCCCGGGCUGGACCCUCACCACAGAAAUUCCAGGGACACCCUACUCAGAGCCGGCCUAUACAUCCAUUCGCCCGAUUACCGAUGUUGACGAUGAAAAGACACGUGAGGUAAUUGGCCUGGCGUACCUCAUUACUGCAGAGCAAUAUGUACAUCUGGUCGCAUCCGAGGGUGGCGGUAUUGCAUAUGCCGACAUUGCAGCUCCAGCAAUUCCAGCGACGGAGAGCGACGAGCUCAUCACGGGAAGUGAGUUUGUCGUCAGGACUUUAGGGACGAUUUUGAGGCGAGUUCCCAGCUCAAGUCCUAGUGCGAGGUACAUGAAACUACUUACAGAUGGUGCUGCGGAUGCAAAGUUGCCAGAGGAGUAUUGUAAUUACCUCCACAAUAUUCCCAAAUAUGAGCAACCGAAAGACAUGAGACGCAGGAUCGGUGCGAUGCUGUUCUUGGCGUUUUGGCAUCCCGUCAUGUUGUUGGUCGAGAGGAUGACGAUGGCAAGCUUAGGACCAGACGGGAAUGCGCCAGCUGGCGUGGGGCAGGUAGUCAGAUUCGUUGUGUAUAUAAUGUGGGCGUGGCACGAUUGCGUGCAUGCGCCAAUCUGGGGAAGAGGGGACGGUAUGGACGCUCAAUCUGUCGCUUAUGAUGUCUUGAGACAUAAUCUGUGUUAG